CUGAUACGGAGUCGGUGAAGGCGGCAUCGUUAUCGAUCAUCCCGACAUCCACAUAACACCGGGCUCUCAGUCGCAUCGUGUGAGAGUGAAACACCAUGACCAUUCGAAACACUCUCCGUGACCACGGCCAGCGCUAUCGACCGCGGAUGGAUUGUCUCAAAAAGGCAGAAAAAGUUCUGCUGGAGAUGCAGGAUCCAAAAUCCGGAGUCAAGUCGCAGCCACAGAGACUGGUCAUCACCACCAUACCACAUGCACUUACAGGUGAAGACAUCGUCACUUGGUUGGCAGAAAGAUUUCAAAUAAGCACAGAAGAGGCGAGAAAUUUUGGCUCCAUGCUGGUGGCGCUGGGCUACAUCUAUCCUCUUCAGGGACACAAACGUCUGGUACUAAAGUCUGAUGCGUCGCUGUAUCGCUUCCAGACGCCGUACUUCUGGCCGACGCAGCAGUGGCCAGUGGAGGACACCGACUACGCCAUCUAUCUUGCCAAGCGAAAUAUUCGGAAGAAAGGCAUCCUGGAGCUCCACGAGCAGGAGCAGUACAAUAGGCUCCACAAGUGGAUGAACCACAAGUGGGAUUUCAUCAUCAUGCAAGCCAAAGAGCAGUACAGAGCAGCUAAAGAGCGAAAGAAACCAGACCGGGUUGUGUUUGACUGUCAAGAGAGAGCCUACUGGGUGGUUCACAGACCUCCGCCAGGGACGGUGAGUGCAAUGGAUUAUGGACUGGAUCGCAGAGUAGAUCCAGCCAUAGAUGAGGCCAAAACACCAGACUUCUACCGACGACUCAUGAUCUUCACGCAGCAGUCCAUCAUGAGACCCAGAGUCAAGUCCUCUGUGUCUGUUGGAGCGAUGGUGAAAUAUUGCGCCACCUACAGUAGCCAUGACCCUUUUCUCUCCAAGUGUCUUCCCAGUAACCCCUGGCUGACAGAUGAUGUCACAUACUGGACUCUGAACAUGCCCAAUGUGGAAAUUCCUACUAAAAUGCGAGUUGAACGCUGGACGUUCAGUUUCGGAGAACUGCUUUCAGACCCCCGUGGACGGGACGACUUUAGACUUUUCCUUAAGAAGGAAUUCAGCGGUGAAAACUUGGCAUUCUGGGAAUGUUGUGAGGAUCUGAAGUGGGGCGCAGCAGCGACGAUGAGGGAGAAAGCCGAACAGAUCUACAAGACUUUCCUGGCCCGCGGCGCCCCCCGCUGGAUCAACAUCGAUGGGAAGACGAUGGAAGUGACAGUGAAAGGACUGAAACAUCCCCAUAGAUAUGUACUGGACGCAGCACAGACGCACAUCUACAUGCUGAUGAAGAAGGACUCGUACGGUCGAUACAUGAAGUCUCCAGUCUUCAAGGACACGCUGAAGAAGUCUAUCUUUCCUGAAGAGCACAAGUUCACUGAAGCCCAGUUGGAGCACAAUGCUAAGAACCGGCGGCCCAGUCUAAGUCCCAUCAUCCUCCAUCAGCGGGAGCAGGAGCAACGCGCCAAGCAAGCGGCCAGCGCACCUGUCGACAUCACGCAGGUUAUGAGUAAACUCAGCCGACAGAGCAAAGAGGCCCCUCCUCCCCCUCAACCUCCUAAAAAAUGAACUUGAGUUUUCAUAGUCUAAUUAUGUUAAUUUAAUCAGGUGUGUCCAGUUAGUUUUAUGUCAAACUGAACCAUUUUUAUUUGAAAUUAUCUGCUGAGAGUGAAAGAGUAGCAUGCUGACACAAGGAAGCAUCUCAUUGGAUUCAGAUUAGAGAAACAUAACGCAUUUAAACAGCAAACAGGGUGCUAUAAUGUUGAGAUAAAUAAGAAUAAGUAAAGCAUCUCAUAGUCAAAUUAAUACUUAGCACACAGCAUUAAUACUUAGCACAAACUUUUUUUUCCCACCGCUGUAUAUGGAUCCCUUCAGACACCCUGGGAUCCAACUCUUAAGCUUCGCCUUGCUCCACUGACAGCAUGACUCCUGCUUUCGAAUCUUCAGAAGUAUCUCAUCUGUCCAUUUGUUUUCACGACUGCUUUUGAUUCUCAUCUUGCAUUUGAGUUUAUUUCUCUGUCGUCUGUCACUGAGUUAAUAAAACAUCAACAAAAAAACUCACGUUAUCUGUUUGUCCCGAUUCUUUUUUUUGCUUGUUUUUGUUCACCUUCCUUAUCUUAUGUUUAUCUGAUUUGAAUUUUUCAUCUGUGAAUUUCAGCUCUUCUAUACCAACCUGCUUUGUCUCUGAAUUCGGAUUAUUGUUUCACUAUGGAGGAGUAAUUGUAAUAACCUAUACUAAUGCAUUUAGUUUAUUCAUAUCACCUAUCAACUCCCUUAUGAUAGAAUCAGUUGAACUUGUCACGCAAGUUCAGUGCCCUGCUGGAAACUACGGCUUCAGCUGGGGGCCGAUCAUGAGCUUGACCAUCUAGCUAGGUUUUUGACAGCUGGUGGAUCAGCAUCCAGCUACCUGCUCUGCUUGCGAGCUGCUUUAACAGCUGUUCUUGCCAUAGCCGUGAUUGGCUCAGUUUCAUACCAGCUGAGAUGAAUUACGACUUAGUCAAAAAUACAAGAUAUAGAAGAAUGAAAGAUGCAACAUUAUUACAGCCACCUGAAACUUGCCACAGUUAGGGUUCGAGUCAAGUCAAAUAAGCCUUUAAUGAUGAAAACAACUGGACAACAAGGCAGUGGAUGCAGAACAGCUCUUACAACAGUAGUUGCUCUUCAUUAUAUCCUUUCCAUUGCAUUAUGUAAAAUGCUCUGAGCAAUGAACACCACUGAGUGCAUGAUUUUUGUGUAUGUACAGUUCCAGGUUUUCACAUCCUCCAGUUGUUUUUUUUUGCAACAAGCUAGUCCUGAGUGUUAGAAUAAACCAAAAGUGCAGCAACACUGUCAGACAGUUUGAGACCAUAUACAUUUACCAAAACACCACCAUUAACCAUGUCACAAACCUAGGAUGUAAACAAUGUAUAUCCUGCUCUGAAGUUAUUCCUCUUCUGACCCCCUCUCCUUCCAUAAUAGUGCGAUCAAAGGGCCAAUGCUUUAGGUCAGCUUGCCUUUCACCCGCAUGUAUACACACCCACACACAUAUACACACCCACACACACGCACUAUCUUAGUGGGGAUAUUUCAUUGACUUUCAUGCUUUCCCCAGCUUUUAAAGCAGAACCUACCCAUCCAAAUCAAAUGGGUAACAUUAGCUAUUUUGAAUUCUUCAUCCUCAAAUUGAAGCUUAAUCUUGUGGGGGCCGGCAAAAGGUCCCCACAAAGACAUAAGGGCCCCACAAGGAGGUGAGUUUCCCAAAAUUAAUCUUCUCACUAGGAUAUGUAUCCUUAUACACUCACACACUCUUUGCUUACCUUACGUGAGGAGAAUAUGUCCCUUAUACAAGUCAUGGGUUUUAUUCCAUCUGAGACUUGACUUGCUACUUAAGACUUGACUUGGACUUGUUUCCAAUGACUUGACAAGUUAUUGCUCUCUUCGUUAUUGACAGAAUUAUUAAAAACAUAUUCUGCAUUGUUAUGUUUUUGAAGGUAUGGAUGUGAGCCAACCUGCCUGCCUGAAUGUAUGAUCAUGUGACGCACGCAUCAGUCUCACACAGUCUGAUGCACGAACCCACACAGUAUUCUCACUUCUACACACGCUCACACACACACAAUUUCUGAGUACUAGGCCUACAUAAUAUUAAAUUGACAUUUUUCUCUAUCUGACCUCCCUGAGGGAUG